CCACGGGCAUUCAACUUUAUUUUCUUUCUUCACCACCCGCACACCCACCGCCCGACGCUACCUCUAUGGAACCUGCCAAUUCAUCAUCUUUAAUACCUACCCACAUACUUACAAGUUAGCUAUCAUUUAUCUGCCAGGAUUCUCGAAGACGGAUCGACCUAAAUUUGCUCUCCAUGAUGGCUUCCAGAUUUGCACAUUCCUCCCUACACCAGCGCGACCCGCGCAGCGACCUUUUCAAGGGCUACUCUGGCUCCAGCGCAGCCGAGCGCCGCUCAGCCAACGCCAGCCCAGCCAGGUAUGGCGGUGGCGGCGGAUACGGGUACGGGGGCGGCUAUGGUGGCGGUGGCAGUUAUAACGGUAGUUCGUCAACACUGGGGGUGGAACGGGGCGGGUUUAGGCCUGCUACUCCAAAUUCGAGGGGCCAGUACAGCGACGCAGUCCUCAACGAACUCGAGAGCCAGAAUGAUGAGCAGGUGGAAGGGAUAAUGGGUAAAGUCAAGAUUUUGAAGGAUAUGACUAUAGCCAUCGGCGAUGAAAUUCGAGACUCCUCCGCCCUCGCCGAGAAGAUGAACGAAUCCUUCGACCAAACCCGCCUCCGACUCCGUGGUACCAUGAACCGAAUGCUCAUCAUGGCACAGAAGACCAAUGUCGGGUGGAGGGUGUGGCUUGCCUUCUUCGCUGCCGUGGUGUUCCUCUUUUUUUACGUGAGGUAUCUCUAGUACCCUUCCAAGGUCAAGGUUUUUCUGAACUCGGAAGAGAGAAAAAGAAAAAAAGAAAAAGAAAAAAGAUGGAGGGGCAUGUUGGUCGGCGGAGUGGUCCUCCUGCUGCUGCUGCUGCUGCUGCGUGGGGCAAAGCGAUUUGAGCAAGAUGGAUGGAAACGAGAAAAGAGACCCUAUAUGUGCAAAGGAAAGAUGGGAUAGUUUAUAUAUGGCUUCAAUGAUGGGUGAUACCAAUGGAUGAUGAGGAAAACGGAAGGUCCUAGGUCAAAGUGGCUGGCUACCUUAUGGGAUAGAAAAGGCAUGGAUAUGGGUUGCGCUUGGUAGAAUUUCGGGUGGACUUGGUUUUUGCAUGUUGGCGCCGGGGAGUUCGCGUUUGUUAAGUCGUUCGGGUAGGAUCAGGAGUCGGAU